AUGAAAUGUCUGAAGGACAUACUGCUCUUCGUCGUGCUGUUACCAAUACCGUCGGCAUCCCCUCUGCUGGUCGUCCUAUUCUCUCUAGCUGUGGUUCUGACAAUACGACCAUGCGUCUACUGUAUUGCCCUCUUCAUCAUCAUCUUCCUCACAACAUCCCCCGCAUCACCCUUCCUCGACAUCCCCUAUCCACACAUCCCCGUCAACCCACUUCGACCCCUCACUUCACCAUCACCCGAUCGAAGCUGGCUCUCAUGGGGCGAGGGUAGCAUAUGGGAUCCGUCUAUCGUGGGGUACCGCGAGAUCGCCAAGCAGUAUCCUACCGAGGAGGAGCUCCUCGCAAACAUUACCGUCGUUGACAGCGCUGCCACAAAGGAGGACAACAAUACGGAGUCAUGGUGGUCUAGGCGGGGAUGGUAUCGGUCGACCGAUAAUUCGGCUGCCGCCACGCCCGCCGAGCCUUCCGCAUCCACAUCCAUACCCUUGCGCUCCUCCCCCUCGGACAAGAUCGCCCCUCUUCCAGCCAGCUACUUCGAUCUUCGGUGGGGCGGACUGGGCUUUGUCAUCGAUUUCGGAUUCGGGCGAACGGAGGAGGGCAUGCAGUGGGAGGUGGACGAUGCGAAGCGGGCGGUGGCGGUAGAGGAGGCGACCGGGUGGAAUCAGUUAUGGGUCAUCCCGCCAAAACAGGAAGACUAUACCAAGUUCCCUUGGGAUGACAUUCAGGCAUAUUUUGGUCGGAAGGAGGUCCAGGUAGCGGGAGAGGGGACGAAGGCGAAAGAUCGGGAGCGGAGCAUGUGGGACAGGUUUAGCUUUCUGGGCAGCUGGUGA